UUUUUUUUGGCGUAUUAUCUAAAUACAUUUUCCAUUGUAUAAAAUAAAAGCAUGAAAACACAACCAUUAUUUGGUGGUGCAAUUGAAGUUGCAGUUCAAGAUUCCUUCAUUGAUGCAAGUCAGUUUCGACAGAUUCCAGAUAAUCAAGAAGUUUUCGUUGACAUGGCUACACAACAAAGUUUAAUUUUUGAAUUGUUGGAGCAAGUCGAAGCAACCAAUGAAGAAAUUGCAAAGUUUCAUUUUCAACAAUUGGCAGAUGAUAAUGAUGCUUCUGAGAUGUCAAUUACUACAGUUGAUAUUUUAAAUCCACAAACUGCCUCUCCUCUUCUCCCAUGCAAUACAACUGAGGUUUACAUGUUGGAAGGCAUUCAAAAGAUCUCAAAAUUUAAUGAAACAAAUGCAUUCAAUACAGUUGAUAUCGUGCUUGUAGUUGUUAGACUAAAGAACGUUUCAACUGAUUUCGUUAUUUCCAUUAAUGCACCAAUUCAAUUGGAUUCAAAGAGUAGUGAACAAAAAUCAGCCAAUGAAACGAAAGCCAUUCAUAUUGAAAAUGUGAAGCAAGAUAUGCUGGCUAUUUUAAACAAACUACAGGUUAAAAAUUGGAAUCUCUUUGCUUAAUAAACCUUCCAUUUACAAGUUAAGCAUCUUCUAGAGAGCCUUUUUAAUUGUUCAGUAGCAUAGAUUAUAUUUAAUGACUUGAUCUUAAUAAUCAUUAAAAC